CUCCAUCUGUUCCCAAAACCCUCGAAGAUCUGCAAGUUCUCGAAUCUCGAUCAAUUCUUAGCUGCUGGAGUAUGGGACGACGGUCAGCGGCAUGAUAAGCAGAGGUGAGAAUGGCAAUCUGGAAGGCUUGAUGGUGCAGUUCUUGUUCCUGUGGUCAACUUCGUCGAGGUUGUUCAUGCCGGCCACCGGAUGCAGUUCACCGGCAAGAUCGCCUCCGCAAGUUCCCUCCUCGAUGGGUUUUACGCAGCCUGGAUUGCGGCUGCAGGUUCGAUUGCAACAUAUUGGGUCGGUGUUGGGCUCUGCAAUUUCCUAGCUCUGAAUUCUAAUUUUGUAACUAGGUCAAUUAAUAGUAUUAGUUAGAUACAUAUAUGAAUGGUGAUUGAAUAAUGAGGCAAAGACAUCGUGUAUGUUCUAUUUAAUCACUAAAAUGAAUGAAUGACAUUUAUCUAAGGGAUCGAAAAGGUCGAUAUAGUUUCCUGUUUAUUGGAACCACGGCUAAUCUUUCUAAACCAGUUGGAAGCUCUGUUUUAAGAACCAGUCCACCUGGUAGUUAUCAGCAUCAAUGGGACAUGAUAUCAAGUAAAUGGUCUACAUAUCCUCUCUGGAGGGUACGAUUUAUCAAGAUGGAGGUUAUUCAGCUUCGUCAAAGAUCACCCUGGCAAGAAAUUGAAUUUCCAAAA